AUAUUUUUAGAGGGAUUCUCUGAGUUAUUCUGGAGGAAGGUUCUUUUUUUGUCCCUUAAAGGUUAAAGGGUCAAAUGUUAAAAUGAGGGCCGUAAGAAUUUUUUUUGAUUCAGAGAUACUUUCUGAAGCUGAUCAAGAGGAUUAACUUUAACAGCCGAUUUUGAAGAUAAUUUUUGGGGUUCUACCAUCACUGUCAAUGAAUCCCUCCAAUGGGGUCCUACGUCCUGCAUUGAAGUCUAUGAAAAGAACAAUAAGAAAGAAAAGGGAGUUUAUCGGGUGGGGGUCAACAAGUCUCAUAGAAUUUCUUAUAUCCAUUGACAAGGAUCCAAGCCAAACUUGUUCUCUAAUUGAUGUAAGCAACAUCAUCAACGAAUAUAUAACCAAAAACCAGCUCACUGAUCGAGUAAAGAAGAAAAGGGUUGUAUGUGAUGAAAGACUCCAUUCUAUUCUAGGGAAGAGCACAGUGAACCGUACUAAGUUUCUUGACUUGUUGGAACCACAUUUACUUGAAUACCAAGAUUCAUCAGAGGAGGAUGGGUUGGGUGAUAACUUGGAAGAGAGUGAAGGUGCUUCAAAUCCUUGCAAAAGGCAAAGGAGGGGCUUGGACAAGACAAAUGGGACAAUUAGAAUUAAGGUGGCUCCGCAUAGCUGUCUUGCUUCUAUAGUAACUCAAAACAUCAAGUUGGUUUACUUGAAAAGGAGCUUCAUUCAGAAUCUAACAAAGGAGCUUGAUACCUUCGAUGGCAAAGUGGUUGGAAGCUCUGUGAGGGUCAAAGGAGACCCUAAUGACUAUCUCCAGAAAAACUCGCACCAGCUUAUGCAAGUUACUGGGACACAAAAGGCUUCGGACACAUGUGACAGUAGUACAGGAAUUAUCUUGCAACUCUCAAAUAGGAGUGACGGUGUCCAGAUUUGCAUGCUGUCGGAUGAUGAUUUCACUGAGGUGAAACCUCCUUGUCCUGCCACAUUAAACCUAUUGUCCAAGACACUGCUUAAUUCUGAAGAGUGUGAGGAUUUACGUCAACGUGUGAAAGACGGUCAGGUGAAGAGGCUCACUACUUGGGAUCUUGAAGGGAAGGCCAGAGUCCUGCACCAGGAUAUCACAUAUCAUUGGAUUGAAAAAGAGCUUGCCCUGUUGCGAAAUCUGAUUGACCGAGCAAGUGAGAAGGGAUCGCACAGAGAAUAUCCUUCAUGA